AUGAACUCUCUUAUUAUGGUCAUAUCAUAUUUAACUGCCAUAUCUGAAGGCUUUUCUUUAAUAACAUUAAGACCAACCAAUCAGUGUUGCAAAAUAGUCCAGUGCUGCCCAUCAUCCUUAUGCCAGAAUCUUUUUUACCGGUCACAUUUCUUUUCUUCUUGCUUCACUUCGCCAGUAGGUGACGUUCGUUGUGGUGCGGGAAGCCGCACGAUGUCCGAGAAUGCCAGCAACAAGAGCCAGCUUAUAUCUAAUGACCUAGACGAAGAUGAGACUGCGGCCGCCACUCAAGUCAACAUAUCCAGUCAGCUGGCCAAGAAAAUAUGGGGCGUAACAUCCAACGACAUUUCCCUGGGUCUCGUGGAGGCGUCUGAGGAAGCUGUGCCCAAUUUUCCAAGUGGAUGCGAAUCAGGAACGGGGUGUGAAAUGGGAUCUGCCAGCAAGCCAGCGGCCAGCGAAAGUGUCAGCAAGCCAGCGGCCGUCGACAGUGCCAGCAUUUACGUAACCGAGGUGGAGCGCGUUCUCUACGGAGAUACCAUCGGUUACCCGGAGAACGGCACUCAUAACUACUUCAAGGCCGCCGAAAACUACUCCCUGUUCGGGGAGAGCUUCCUUGACUUUCCCAAGGACAUGGCCAGCUGCCUUGCGGGCCUGAAACCGAUGGUGAGUCAAGCUUGGAGUUCCCACCCGGGAUACGAACGAUCCGUCAAGUCGGUGCCUCUAUAUGAAAGAAGACAAGCUACUCCGGAACAUGAAGGCGCUGCCUCCAACUUGCCGGGGAGCGGCUUUCAGCAACAACAAAGACAGAUCCCUCAGCAUCAGCAGCAACAUCAGCAGCAGCAACAUCAUCAGCAGCAACAUCAUCAGCAGCAACAUCAUCAGCAUCAACAGCAGAAACAUCAACAGCAACAGCAGCAACAUCAACAGCAGCAGCCACAUCGUCAACUUGGCACCGAAAGCCACAAUCGCAACUCGGUUAAAAAUUUCAAUGAGAUACCAUUUCCCCAGUUUUACCAUCAGAUGCGACACCAAGCGCCGCCACAGCCGCAGUUGAAUGCGCCACGCAGCCACCAUCAUAUCCACAUGCCACAAAAGCAGCAGCAGGUGGCACCACAGCCACCACCGCAACAGCAGCAGCAGCAGCAGCAGCAACAGCAGUAUCAGCAGCAGCUUCACCGUCCAAGUGUCGGGGAUCUAGCUGCAUUGUCCAACGCCAAUCCCAAGGACUUUGCUCUGCUGUAUCAGCAAUUGAUCGCUCGAAAUCUGCGUCAAGCUUCGCAGCACAACCAGCAACACUCGCAACAGGCUGCCCCGCAACAACCUCAGGCUCCUAACAAUGCUGCUGCUGCUGCAGCCAUGAUCUACAAGAAUCUGGAGUUUCAGCAACAAGUGCAGCUGCGACAAUUGCAACAGCUGCAUCAGCAGCAGCAGCAGCAGCAGCAACAGCCUCGCAUGCCACGUGGCAUUUAUGGGGGCAACGGUGGUCAGCAAACCGCACAAAAUGGAAAGGAACAUCAAGUUGGAACCCACAAGUAACACCAAAUAGCUAAGAGGUCAGAUUUCCUAAUGUCCAAUCGAUCGGAAUUAACGCCCAUUAACAAUUCACAUUUAUUUGUCCAACUUUUACAAUGUAAUUGAAUUUUUUUCUGUCAUUGCCAUUUAUACAAUUGGUAAUAUUUGUUUACCAAAUUAUAGUCCGAAUAUUUUUUUAAAUAAAUUCACUUAUCACGCAAGGUGUGAUAGUCAU